CUCAACAUUAUUCACCACCAUCACCAUCAUAAUAUUAUUAUUAUUAUUGUUUCCUUCUUUUAGGCAUUGCUUGAAUAUUUAUUGGAUGAUUAGGAUAAGAUGUCUCAUGAGAUGUCUGUGGGAACUGAUCCUCUGGAGAAAGCAUUAAUCAUUCCGUUAGAAAGGGUCUAUCAUGCUCAUUCCAGUGUUUCUGAGAAGUGUAGAGGUCCAAAUCCAUCAUGUGCCCAAAACCCUUUUAAGGUCCUUCGGUUAUUGAAUGAACACAGUGGAGAAGAGCGGAUUUUGCACUUGUAUGAUGAAUGGGGCCGUACUAUUGUGGUGCCAGAGAUGACAAGGCAUUUGGAUGAUCUCUGCUCCUAUUAUACUUACAACCGGUGAUUUGUUGUAUUCUGAAAUUUGUUUAUUUAGAAAUCGGUCACACCUUGGAGGGAACAGACAUUCAAAAAUUCACUAUACAUUGGAGGAAGUCGAUAUCGUAUGAUUGUUUGUUUGUAACCUAUAAAUGAUACUUAUCGUAGGCAUGGGAUAAAGAGGAUAAAUUUGUG